CGAGCGCCAGGUUUAGUACAAAAAGUCCUCGCGCCAGUAACGGAUAAAUUGCACUGCCGUCGGAAGUCCCGCCUGCCAAGCUCUCCAUUGGAAAAGAGUAGGGUCUCUAACCCAGUCCGGACCAUCUGUGGUUACACGAGCUGCCAAUCAAGAUACGUCGCCCAGUUUACACUGUAGGGUCGGGUUGAGGCUGUGCUGAUGGUUCUUCCCAUGGUAGCCGUUCUCUGAAGUAAAGUCCGAUUGAUGGAGUAUGUUAUAAUUGUUAUCUGGUUGCUAGGACCAGUAUCGACAUGACAAGUUCACAGGUUCUGGUCUUAACUUCAACUUUGGGUUAUUUCUCUUAAAGAACCUCUGAUGAUGUCCAUGGACUUUGACAGCGUGGCUUUGCCAACCCAACAUGAAGACGAGGAGUAUGACAGGGAAGAUUAUGAACGAGAGCAAGAGCUCCACCAGUUACUGAUGACCGGUCUUCCAGAUGACAUGCUGGAGGAUAGCAGAGACAUUUCUUCUCCAGAAUUGAAUUACUCUGGCUGUAAUGUCAAUAAUGGUGUUGAACAAACCUGCGAACAGAAGAGAAAUUGGAAUGAACAGGAAGUAAGCAACAUUGCAGUGGAUAAAGAUAGUUAUUCUACUGAAUAUCCAGUAUACAAAGGACAGAAUGGAUAUUUUAUUGCAAAUGAAAAUAUUUCUAACGAAACCUUGGAACUAUACAAAGUGAAGUAUAACCCUUACCCUGCUGUUCAUCCACCUAACGGGGCUUUUAACCCAGAUGAAGCAAAAAGUUUAGUCAACAGGUUUGAACAAAUGCAGAGCAAAUUCUUGGAUAGUGGAGAAGCUUCUACAGAAGCACAUCAGUUUGCACAGUUACAGAUACUUUACAAUGCACGGGGAAGGCACUUAGAGGAAAUGCAGCACAAACAGGAAGAGUUUGCCCGUGAGAUCAGAUAUUUGAAUCACCAGCUUGCAAUGACAAAAGGUGAAAAAGAUGGUGUAGCUAUUAGUUGUCAGGAGUUGCAGAAGUUACUUCAAGAUGCAAAAGAACAUGAAGUUCAGCUGGAAGGCCAAAUUAAAGCAUUGGACUCCAGAGUUCAAGACUUGAGUGCCAGUGAGGAAGAGGCGAUGAAGAACCAGAAGAUUGCUGAGGCAGCCAUGGAAAGUAUGCAACAACAGCUGUCUGAGCUCAGUCGCUCAGAAUCUCUCACUCGUGUCAAAGAGCAGCAUGAAAGUGUCAUUUAUGCACUCAAGCAGAAACAUGAGGAAUCGACCUUGGUCAUGCAGCAGACACUUGAUGCAACAAGCAUUGCUUUGGAAGAACAGCAAGAGAAUUGUAAGCAACUUCAGGAACAAGUCAAACAGUUGGAAAGGCAACAAGAAGCAGCAAAGUUGGAGAAAGCAGAAAUAAUUAAUGGACUGACUCGAAGUUUAGAAGCAAGUCAGCAGCAGUGCAGAGAUUUAUUGCAAACAGGUUCAGUGCAGGAGAUCGCUCAGCUUCGGAUCCAAGUUCAGCAAGUUCAGUCUGCCAAGAACAUAAGUGAUAGCAUGAACAAAGCUUUACAGGAAGAACUGGCUGACUUGAAGGAACAGAUUACUUUUUAUGAAUCUGCCACUAAGAUUAGCGUUCUUACUAAAGAUAUGGCAGAAGAAUUAGAACUUCCAUUAUCAGAUUCCUAUAUGGAUCUUGGUAUCAAGAAUGGGAAGUGGAAAAUGCCCAGGUUCCAAAGCUCAAUACAGCAAGGUUGCUCUGACAAGGUGUUGUCUAAGGAUGAGAUAAUAAUGGAACUGAAGUCUGAACUGGAGCGAGCACUCAGCAGCAUCAGAACAAAACGUCAUCAAGUGACUCAGCUUCAGCAUGAAAGUAAAGAAAGUCAAAAGCAAAUAGCUGAGAUUAAGGAGCAGUUGCAAAAUGCUGAAAAAAUGGCAAGAAGCCAUGAGGUACGAGCCAGCACAUUGGAAAAGCAACUGGAAGCUGUAGGACCCUGCUCAUCCACCUCUGAAAAGGCCCUUCAAGAAGAAGUUGACAAGUUGCGAUGUGAGAACCAGGCUCUACGCAAAGAAAUUGAGGAUAAACAGCAGCAGAUUGAAAAAUUAAUUGAUAGUGAAAAGCAAUUUAAAGAAGCAAACCAGGAAUUGUAUAAUGAGAUGCGACAGAUGAUUCAGGACUUUGACCAGGAUAAGCAAGAGGCAAUUGACAGAUGUCAGCGAAUUCAUCAGCAGCAUCAUGAGGAUUCCAAGUGUCGACUUCAGCAGGAGUUGCAGGAACAGCAUGAAUUGGAGAAAACGCAGCUGACUCAGUUCUAUAAACAGCAGAUCAUGCAAACUGAUGAUGGUGAGGAUGAUUUGAAGAAAGGAACACAACUAUUAGAAAUUUAUGCCCUUGAGAUCCAGAUGUAUACUGCACAAAAGAACAACAAGAAAUUGAAAGCACUGUAUGAACAGUCUUUACACAUUAAAUCUGCCAUCCCUCAUCCACUUAUCAUGGGAGUUAUUAGAGAAUGUGGAGGUAAGAUGCACUUAAGAGAAGGUGAAUUCGAAAAGGCACAUACUGAUUUCUUUGAGGCGUUCAAGAAUUAUGAUGAAUCAGGAAGCCCUAGACGUACCACCUGCCUGAAAUAUUUGGUUUUGGCUAAUAUGUUGAUGAAGUCAGGAAUUAAUCCUUUUGACUCUCAGGAGGCCAAACCAUACAAGAAUGAUCCAGAGAUUCUUGCAAUGACAAAUUUAGUAAGUGCCUAUCAAAAUAAUGACAUCACUGAAUUUGAGAAGAUUCUGAAAACCAAUCACAGUAACAUCAUGGAUGACCCCUUCAUAAGGGAGCACAUAGAAGAGUUAUUGAGGAACAUCAGAACACAAGUCCUGAUAAAAUUAAUAAAGCCUUACACGAGGAUACAUAUACCUUUUAUUUCAAAGGAGUUGAACAUAGAUGUAGCUGAUGUAGAGAGCUUGUUGGUGCAAUGCAUACUGGACAACACUAUCCAUGGUCGGAUUGAUCAAGUCAACCAAUUGCUUGAAUUGGAUCAUCAGAAAAGAGGCGGGGCUCGGUAUACUGCAUUAGAUAAAUGGACCAAUCAGCUUAACACGCUCAACCAAGCAGUUGUCAGCAAAUUGGCUUGAUGCAAUUUAGGCUUCUACAGUAACACAAUAAGGAAAAAAUGCAGUGAUGUAAACCUUAAAAACUGAGAAUGGCUGAUCUGCUGUUGGUUGGCCCUGAAGACUACCAGAGCUAUGGCAGAAGUGCAUUUUGAUCAACUGGUUUGUGUUUUGUUGCUGCAUUUGUCCCAAGACACAGCUUUAAUCUGAAGAAAACCAAACUGCUACAGGACUUGUGGUUUAUCAACAAUGUGCCCUCCAUCGUAAGGGAAAUUACAGUCCAAGAGCUGUUAGUGUCAAAAUUUAAAAAGAGACUCUUCACUUUGACAUCUAAAUAUUUUAGCAUUAGAAAACCUCUAUCUGAAAUGUUAAACCAAACCUGCAAUAAUUUGAAAAUGUGUACCAGUUUUUGGAAAUACAUUCUUUCAUGUACGAUUUGGCAUGGUUGCGUCAUUGUACAAAAUGUUUUGUCAACUUACAAAUUAUGUGGCCCAUGAGUUCUCUGUACCUCCGGUGUAGUAAAACUUUAGACAGGAACCUUCAUCUGUGGCACACUCACAUUAGGAUUGAAGCAGUAAAAUAAAAUACAGCUCAGAAAUUGGAAAUGCUGUAA